AUGAGUCCUUCAAAUUCCGAUUCCCCAAGUUCUGGACCCCCAGAAAGCUCAAGUCCAAAGGAAAAUAAACCACCUAGUCCUUCCAAGCACCCAGAGAAACACGAAGACCCCAUUAAUAACCCAGAAAGCCAGGAUCAUGAGAACUCCGAGAAUCCAGACAAAUCUAUUUCGUUGAAAAAUGUCCGCUCCGCCAAAAAAGCGCUGGAGCUUCUCGCACAAACCGAAAACCUUGAGAUUGAGGAGUUCAUCGUGUUGACAGACGUCACAUUGAAAUUAGGCAAUUCCCGUUGGAACCUGCUAGGUUCCCAGUACCCAAAAAUCCGCAAAACCUUUUUGCCCGAGCAAGGCAUUCUUGAAAUCAAGAUGCCAAAAUGGGCGCACGAAGUGAUUAUUCCUUGGCUGGUGAUUUGUGAUCGGAUAUGGAAUAGUGAGAUGGGCCUUUAUAAUGCCGCUGAGCGCCGCGAUUUUAUGAUAUACGCAAGUCCACAGAUCGAUUUUGGCCAAAAGAAGGAACCUGAUGCCCUAUUGAUCUCAAAACGAGCUCCCUCUACCUCCCCGGGAAAAUCGCCACUCCCAAGUAUCGUUGUCGAGAUCGGUUUUAGCCAGAGCUAUAAAAGUCUCAAAGAAAAUGCCCGAAGGAUUCUCAUCGGAGCGUCCCCUACAGCACAGCUCGUGAUACUAGUGAAGUUCUUUUGUCGCAACCCCGGGAUUGCCAUUCGUUUAGAAGUCUGGAGACUAAAUGCGGCGGGAAUUCCCAACUGCGAUGAGGAGCGAAACAUUUUUCCAAUUCAACAAGAGCCACCCACCUAUUUACGUUACCCGUGCCGAGCUUUUUGGAUCAGGUCUGGUGUUCCCAACCCGAAAUUCCAGGGAUCUCUUUCCCCUCGACUUCAACGACCUGCGAGACAUCAUUCGAAUCACUUUAGCCCGGCAAGGUCUCCGCCCACACCCAUGACAAGGAUUUUCUCAACAUCGACCACGCUCCAUCUUGAUUCCACCGUCAUGCUGGAAACUUAUUAG